AUGCUCGCCUCUCGAGUGGCCGCUCGCACAUGCGGGCGGACAGUGAGAACCGCAGGCCUACCUCGACGGUACCAUGGCCUUGCUAAUAGUAAAUUGUUCAAAGUAUCGGAGGAGGUUCGCGAUGCCGUCGCCACGGGGAGACCUGUGGUGGCCCUUGAAUCAACCAUCUAUACACAUGCAGGAUUCCCCUAUCCGGAAAGUGUCGCAUUGGCAACGCUGUUGGAAUCUGUAGUACGUGCCAAUGGCGGCGUUCCUGCUACCAUCGGAGUUCUCUAUGGCGAAGCCCGGGUUGGCCUCAACGCAGAAGAGCUCAUCGAGUUAGCAUCUACUGCGGAGAAGAAGAACGCUUUGAAAGUGUCCCGGAGGGAUCUGGGAUACAUUUGUGGUCUAGGACUAGCUGGCAAAAGACUACACGGGGGUACAACAGUGUCCGGCACGAUGGUGCUGGCUCAUCUGGCUGGAAUCAAGGUCUUCGGAACGGGAGGCUUAGGAGGCGUACAUCGCGGUGGAGAAAAUUCGAUGGACAUCUCUGCUGAUCUCACCGAGCUGGGACGAACGCCAGUGGCAGUCGUCAGCUCUGGGUGUAAGAGCUUCCUGGAUAUCCCGCGUACCCUGGAGUAUCUCGAGACAGAGGGAGUCUGCGUGGGGACCUUUGCAGAUGGCCGUCAAGGAGCCGUGGAUUUCCCCGCCUUCUAUACUCGCGACAGUGGCCUCAAGAGUCCGAAGAUCAUCCAUGAUGAGGCUGAAGCGGCCGCAAUUAUCUACGCGCAAACACAGAUUCCUGUCUCGUCCGGUAUUCUCCUUGCCAACCCUGUCCCCCUCGAGCAUUCGAUUGCAAAAAGUGAGAUGGAUGGCAUCAUCGAUGAGGCCAUUCGUCUUGCAGAAGUCGAGGGGCACCAAGGGAGUGACAAUACGCCAUUCGUACUUGCAAAGAUCAAGGACCUAAGUGGUGGGAAGAGUGUAGUGGCCAACCGAGCCCUUGUCGAGGCCAAUGUGGAGCGUGCAGCCAAGGUAGCUCUGGAACUCUCGAAACUCGAGCGAUCUGGCGGAUACAUGCCAGCUAUCUCCGAGACCACUGGGGCUGACCGAGCAACUGCAGAAGCAGAGCUGGAUCUCAAUUCGACCACUGAACAGUUGACCAAGGGUGUUGCCAAGGCGGACAUUGUUGUGGCAGGCUCGCUGGCAAUUGAUUUGUCCUGUGACUUUAGUCCUACUGAGCCAACGACUUCUCCCGUCUUGGAGACAUCCAAUCGCGCAGUCAUCGGACAAAGCCUUGGAGGGGUGGGUCACAAUGUGGCUAUCGCGGCGAAAUAUCUCAACAGCUCUGUUCUCUUCUGCAGUAUAGUUGGGGACGAUUUAAGUGGCCGCACCGCGCUCGCUUCCCUCCGCGAUGAGAAGCUGCCCAUAGCCGGUAUUCGUGUUCUUCCUGCAUCAUCAGGAGCGCGUACUGCGCAGUAUGUGGCCGUCAACGAUGCAAAGAAGGAUCUCGUUGUCGCUAUGGCUGAUAUGGCCAUUAUGGAAUUGCCCGCACAAAGUCUAGAUUUUGACGGAUUCUGGGAGCCAUUAAUUGCGCAAGCUCAACCAAAAUGGGUGGUUGUGGACGCGAACUGGAGCCCAGAAGUGCUUGUAAAGUGGAUGACAGUUGCAAAGAAGCAUGGGGCUCGAACGGCCUUCGAACCCGUCUCGACCGCCAAGAGCCGUCGGUUGUUCGGCCGGCGCUCCGCUGCCGUCACGCCUUCCGAAUGUGUUCCCAAUAAUACCGUCAGUCUUGCGGCACCCAACCAGAUGGAGCUGACAGAGAUGUACGCAGCCGCGCGGGAUAAUGGUCUUCUCGAGUCCGAAGACUGGUGGCAUGUCAUUGACGCAAUGGGGAUGUCUGCGUCUGGAUCGCGAGACCGAUUGGUAGCCAUGACUUCGGCCGAGCUCGUGGAUCAAGGCAUUCCGCAGCAAAGCAUCCAGCUUCUUCCCUUUAUCCCGUGCAUUAUCACCAAGCUGGGCAGGCAAGGCGUCCUUCUCACACAGCUUCUCCGUCCGGGAGACGCGCGUCUGACCAGUCCGGACACCGCCCCAUAUAUCCUAUCCCGUGCGCCCACCCACCAUGCAGUGAUCGGAGGAGUAUACAUGCGUUUGUUCCCCCCAGCAGCCGUACUUGCGGAGGAAGAUAUUGUCAGUGUCAAUGGAGCUGGAGAUACUCUCUUGGGGGCGGUAGUAACGGGUUUAGCCCGCGGCCAUGUGGUAGAAGAGGUGCUGUCUUUGGCGCAGGAAGCCAGUGUUCUGACGCUUCAGUCCCCUGGCGGCGUGAGUCGCGAAAUCCGCAAGCUCAACUUUCCAUGA